AAGCGGUGAGAAAAAUUUUUCUUUGAAUCACGCGUCAACUCUGACAUAUUUUGUUAAUAUACAUCGUAUAGUAUCUAGAAAUAAUUGUUGAUUUAUAUUCAGUUAUGUGUGAUUCAGGGUACUUUAAUUUCUCUUGUGCUUCCUGUGCGUGCGAUAAAAAUGGAGAAUAUAGUCAACCCGCACAAAAAGGUAAAAAUAUUAAUAUCUUACUAAUUUUUCGAUACUAAAGCUGGUCUUCGGUAAGAUAAAGUAUUUUUGAAAUAUACCAAUGCAAAUUUAGUGGAAAUUUUUUUUUCUUCGUGAGUUUGAUCAUUCUGAAAUGUUUCUCCGAUAAUCGUGUAACGUUAAAGACCAAAUAUAAGAAAAGCCGUUAUUGUGCAAAACCGAAAUGCAGAAAAGGUGUAAUAAAUACAUAUUUUUUCGUAGAUUUCAAUCAUGUAUAGAGGGACAUAGUUAUUGAUAUCUGACCGCUAUCGUUUUGCAACGUUUUAGUAUUGAAUUUAUGUCCCUUUAAGCUUUUUCUUUGAUUCUUCCACGCUUUUCCGUGAUUUCUUCCACUGUGGGAUGGUAAAAAUUAGGGAAUUUUAUUAUGUAUAUUCAACAUACAUACACAUUAGCGAUGUUUCGAAUGUCAUAUUUUGCACAUUCGCUAACGGAAAGUGACUGUCUGAAUGCGAAUGUUAGGAAUAACAUUAAAAAAGCUAUAAUCAACUGAAGUCAUCUUUUUAUUACUUACAAAUUGUGUAUAUUAUUAUAACAUUGAACGAGUGCUCAACCCAUACAAAACUAUCGAUGGCACUAUGGAUGGUAUCGAUGGAACUCACUAUCGCAACUAUCGAUGGCGACCACUAUCGGCCAUAUUUGAAGUUCGAUACUAUCGAUACUAUUGAGGAAUUGUCACAUCUAUGUAUGAUUUUUAUGCACCAUAUCUAGUAUGGUCAUACGCGUUUGUGUGAAAUAUUUUAUUAGUAAUACCCGUACAUAUAGUGUAAAUAUGGACAAAUAUCUAACUCAUAAUGUAAAAGAACAAUUGCAACCAGUGUGGCAGCCUUGUCCGUUCACUAUUUUACAGGAAAAUGUGUAAGAUGUUUGUCUCGCUCUUAUGAACAAUACACAUAUGUUUUGUUUUAUUCUUCGCAGUAAAUUUGUGUGUAUGUCAAUAAAUUUUACAGUUAUCUUAAAGUGUGCAUUGAAAAGAAAUUUCGCAAUUGAAGUUUAAAAAUUUUAAAGGGCAUUACAAAUAGUUUAUUAGCUGGAGCUCUAUAUUUAAACAUAUUCGCAAUAUGGAAAAGUGAGUAGCUAACAUUUCAUGUAUUAAUAAAACCUUUAAUACAAAAUGAAAAUUUUCUUUAUUAGAUAUCUUCAAAAAAGUUCCAAGAAUACCAAUGGUGUUGAAGGUGUACAAGAUGUAGAAAUGGCAGAUGUUCAAUGUGAAAAUUCAAAUCAGGCACCUGAAGUCGCUAAAAGCAGCAAGCGUCGAAAUUUGUUUCUUGCAAAGUGGAAAGACAACUAUAAUUGGGUUGAUGAAAAAUCAGGCGGCGCUUACUGUAAAUAUUGUGAGAUAAAACUUCCUAAUAACAUUUGUCAUUUGAUGCGCCACGAAAAGUCGUUUAGGCAUAAAAAAUCACUGGAUUCGUUAAAAAACCAGCCUAAAAUUUUAACAUCCACCCAAACAUUUCAAAGGCAAAAUGACUUAGUUAAAGUGGCAGAAUUACAAAUUAUCAUGUUUUUAAUACAACAUAAUUUACCGUUUGCUUUAAUUACACCAUUGGUUUUAUUGAUAAGACAUAUUGCGAGUGACUCAGAAAUUUGCAAAAAACUCAAAAUUGGAAAAACAAAGGCAACUGAAACAGUCAAGACCGCAAUUUUUCAUGAAGCACGCAAAGAUAUUAUUGAUAUCUUGCAAAAUCAAACCUUUUCUAUGAUAAUUGACGAGACAACUGACAUCUCAACAUCAAAAUGCUUGGCGAUCGUGGUUAGAUAUUUUGAUAAAACGAGCUUGAAAGUACGGGACAGGUUCUUAGCUUUAAUUGAACUGGCCAAAUUUGAUGCUUGUACGUUAGUUCAAGAAAUUAGAAAACUUUUUAAGAGUAUAAAUGUUCCUUUGAAAAACUGCCUUGGGUUCGCAAGUGAUAACGCGUCUGUUAUGGUGGGCAAAAGAAAAGGUAUUGCGGCACUUUUACGUGAAGAUAAUCCCAAUUUGUUUUCAAUUGGUUGCACAUGUCAUUCUAUACAUCUUUGUGCUUCUGCUGCGGGAAAGGUUUUGCCAGCUGGUCUGGAAAUUCUAACAAGAAAUAUAUAUUUAUAUUUUGCCCAUAGUGCCAAAAGGCAAGUUGAGUUUAAAGAAUUUCAAGAAUAUUUUUCUGUAAGCCGUCACAAAAUUCUUAAAAAAUCUAUUACAAGAUGGCUAUCAAUGGAACAGGUUGUUUCCAGGAUUUUAGAACAGUGGACCCCUCUCCAACACUAUUUUCUACAAGAAAAUUUUGAUUCUUCUGAAAACAAUGAUUUGGCUUUGAAAGUUAAAGAAGAAUUAAAUGACGAUAACAAAUUUUUGUUACUGUUUUUGAGUUACGUUCUUAAAUUACUUAACAAUUUAAACUUGGAAUUUCAGACUGAAGCAACAAGAAUUCAUGUGUUGCUUAUUCAUGUAAAAACGAUUUAUAAAACUAUUUUAAGUAACUUUUUAGACAUAAGUUCAAACAUUGAUGUAUUUACUAUUGAUUUUAAUAACACCGACGAUUUUAAACCUGCUAAAGAUAUAUAUUGCGGUCCCAAGGCAGAACUAUUUUUAAAGUCACGAAAUUUGUCUGAUGAACAAACCAUUGCUCUAAAAAAAUAUUGCAUGAAAUAUUACGUUGUGCUGUGCAAAGAAAUAUGUAAACGAGUAAACUUUAAGGAUCCGGUUUUGUUAGCUCUUCAAGGCAUUAACCCUGAAUCUUUGGCCGAAACUACAGCAGAAAUCGCCUCAGUGUUCCCAAAUCUAAUUACAGAAGAAAAUAUUGAAGGAAUUGAUUUCGAAUGGAGAUUGUUGAAAAAUCAGCAAAUAGUGUCGAAAGAAUUGGAAUUAGAAAAUUUUUGGUCUGCUGUUUUUAAGCAAAAAAAUGCAUUGAACGAACAGUUGUUUCCCAAAUUAGCAAUAUUAAUUUCAAAUAUCCUUUGUUUACCACAUAGUAGCGCAACAGCUGAGAGAGUUUUUUCUCAACUGUUUUUAAUUAAGGAUGAAAAACGUAACUGCCUAUCAACUGAAACAAUAAAUUGCAUAAUGGCUUGUAAAGAAAUUCUUAAAAAUUGUAACUGUUACGAAUGGAAACCAUUAAAAAGUACUUUACAGGCUUAUGUAAAACAGUAAUUUUUAUUUACCAAAUAAUUUUU